GAGAGAGAGACAGACAGACAGAGUGUGAGAGAGACACACAGAGAGAGAGAGAGAGAGACAGAGAGAGAUCACAGUAGCGGAGACAUGGGACAACAGUGACGUUCUACCAGAGCUGCUGCCAGGCGGCCUGAAGAAGUUCCAGUGGCGUGUGACCGGCGCGGCCAGAUUUCAUACAGAUUCCGAGACGUCUGAUGGAGAAGGCUGACGGACGUGACACUGAGGGCAGGAUGGUGGAGAGUUACGGCCGAAAUGGAGCUGUAGAGAUGAUGAAGCAGAAGGAGCUGACAGAGGAACCGAGGUCUGACCUCAGAGGAGACGGUGCAGAGAGGACAGUACCAGUCACCAGCGACCGAGUGGAGACCGCCAGAGAUCAGACUUCUCUACAGCAGACAAUCUCGGCUCAGAACUCGACCGUUUGUUCGAUCAAUUUUACCGGAACCAAUUUUGCUUCUACUCCUACAAUUAACGUCUGCAUUGGAGCCGGCUCGUCGCAAAAAGAUGCACAGAGACGAGCAGAGAAUCAGUACCUCAAAUCAAAAAUCAAAGAGAAAUACGCAACGUUAUAUGAGGGAACCGCAGCAAAAGGGAAGCACAAUCUUCUGAAUGACAUCUACACUGAGCUGUAUAUCGUGGAGGACUGGACAGGAGGAGUGAACACGGAUCAUGAGGUGAUUCAAAUUGAAGCCAGACCAGCGAGACAUGCUGCCACAGAUGCUGCAAUCAAGUUCAGUGAGGUUUUCAGUGGAAGCAAACAUGUUAAAAAAGUGCUGACACUGGGAAUAGCUGGAAUUGGGAAAACAGUCUCUGUUCAGAAGUUUGCUGUAGACUGGGCUGAAGGAAAAUCCAAUGCAGAUAUCGAUUUUGUCUUUAUUAUUCCUUUCCGAGAGCUGAAUCUUCUGAAAGAUAAAGAAUACAGCCUUCCUGAACUACUUCAUCACGUCUACCCAGAGCAGCAACCCUUAAACGAAACUGGGCUUUUUGAUGGUGAAUGUAAGUGUGUUUUCAUCUUUGAUGGACUGGAUGAAUUCAGAAGUCCACUGAGUUUUGACCAGAAGAAAAUAUCAGCAGUAACAGAGAAGGCAAGUGUUAAUGUGCUGGUAACAAGCCUCAUCACAGGAACCCUGUUUCCAUCUGCUCGUGUCUGGAUCACCUCCAGGCCUGCAGCUGCAGAUCAGAUCCCCUCAAAGCACAUCCACCUGGUGACUGAAGUACAAGGAUUUGUCACUGACCAGCAGAAGGAGGAAUACUUCAGGAAGAGAAUCGGUGACCAGGAUGCUGAUGAAAUGAUCUUGCUCAUUAAAAAGUCAAAGACCCUCUACAUCAUGUGCUACAUACCGGUCUUCUGUUGGAUCACAUACACAGUUCUUCAGCACAUCAUGAAAAAUCGCAAUACAAAAGAACUUAAAUCAUUAACACAAAUGUACGCACACUUUCUGACCAUUCAGAUGGAAACAAAGAGGGAAAAGGAUAAUAAAACUCCUCAGAAAGAUACAAAGAACCUGCUGCAGUCCAACAAAACCAUUCUUCUGAAACUGGCUGAACUGGCGUUCAAACAGCUGAUGAAGGGCAAUGUGAUGUUCUAUGAAGAGGACCUGAGAGAGAGCAGCAUUGAUGUUACCGAGGCCUCAGUGUACUCUGGGAUUUUCACUGGGUUCUUUAAAGAGGAAACUCCAUUUCAGCAGAGGAAGGUCUACAGCUUUGUUCAUCUGAGCUUUCAGGAGUUCCUGGCUGCUGUUUAUGUGUUUCACUGCUACCAGAACAAGAAGAUGGAGGAACUGGAGAUGUUUAAACAUCAAAGCAGAAAGAGGUCUGAGAAUGAUUCACUGGAUGAGGUGCUGAAGGGAGCCGUGAUUAAAGCAGUAAAGAGUCAGAAUGGACACCUGGAUCUUUUCCUCCGUUUCCUGCUGGGCAUCUCACUGGAGUCCAAUCAGAGAUGCCUACAGGGUCUACUGACCCCAACACAGUUUAGCACAGAGGAAACCAGACGUUACAUCCCGGCUUUAAUCGAAGGAGACGCUUGGACUCAAUUUGAUUUUGAAAAAGAAAAAUAUCCAAUCUCCACUGAGAGAUUCAUCAAUCUGUUCCUCUGUCUGUCGGAGAUGAAUGACCAGUCAGUAUCCAGAAAGCUCCAGGAGUAUCUAAACUCAGAGGGACACUCAAGAUGGUAUUACUCUCUGGAGCAUCUCUCUCUUGGACUGUGUUCAGCACUAGUCUAUAUGCUCCUGAACUCAGGGGAGGUUCUGGAUGAGCUGGACCUGAAGAAGUACAUCACAUCAGAGGAGGGUUAUAGGAGACUGAUCCCAGCUCUGACUGUCUGCAGGAAAGCUCUACUAGUUGGCUGUAAUCUCACCAAGGACUCCUGUGAAACUCUUUGCUCUGCUCUACAAUCAGCAAACUCCCCCCUGAAAGAACUAGACCUCAGUAACAAUAACCUACAAGAUUCAGGAGUGAAGCUCCUCUCUGCUGGACUGAAGAGCUCACAAUGUACACUGGAGAAACUCAGACUAGCUGGUUGCAAUCUCACUAAAGACUCCUGUGAACCUCUUUGCUCUGCUGUACAAUCAGCAAACUCCUCACUGAAAGAACUAGACCUCAGUAACAAUGACCUACAAGAUUCACGAGUGGAGCUCCUCUCUGCUGGGCUGAAGAGCUCACAAUGUACACUGGAGAAACUCAGACUAGUUACCUGUAAUAUUGGACAAAAGGUUUGUGAAAAUCUAGGAUCAGCUCUACAAUCAGCAAACUCCUCACUGAAAGAACUAGACCUCAGUAACAAUGACCUACAAGAUUCAGGAGUGGAGCUGCUCUCUGCUGGACUGAAGAGCUCACACUGUAAACUGGAGAAACUCGGAUUGUCUGAUUGUAUGGUUACAGUUAAAGGCUGUUCUCAUCUGGCUUCAGCUCUGAAAUCAAACCCCUCCCACCUGAAAGAACUGGAUCUGCGCUAUAAUCACCCAGGAGAGUCUGGAGUGAAGAUGCUGUCUGAGCUAAAGGAGGAUCGACACUGUGCUCUGGAGAUACUCAGGGUGGAUCAUGGAGGGGAGAUCUGGAUGGAACCAGGAGUGAAGAAAUAUGCUGUUCGUCUCACUCUGGAUCCGAACACAGUGAGCAGGAAUCUCUCUCUGUCUGAGGGGAACAGGAAGGCGAUGCGUGUGUGGAACGACAAGCGUUUCCCAUUCCAUCGAUAUCAGAAUUAUCCAGAUUAUCCAGAUUAUCCAGAUCAUCCAGACAGAUUUGGUUUCUGUGCUCAGGUUCUGAGUGUGGAGAGUCUGACUGGGCGCUGUUACUGGGAGGUUGAGUGGAGCGGCAUGAGCGUUGAUAUAGCAGUGUCAUACAGAGGAAUCGAGAGGAAAGGAGGCAGUUGUUGUAAUGCUAUAUACAGCAUAGGUACAGGCUCGUAUGCAUCAAUAGGUGGUAAUGAAUGUCAAUUUGGACGCAGCAAUCAAUCCUGGUGUCUGACCUGCUGUAAUGACGGACAUCGUCCUUCCACUGUCUGUCACAAUAAUCAGUUUACUGUCCUAUCUGCCCGCCCCUCCCCCUCUGACAGGGUAGGAGUGUAUCUGGACUGGGACUCCGGCACUCUGUCCUUCUACACCGUCUCCCCUGACACACACACACUGACCCGCCUGUACACAUUCACCACCACGUUCACUGAGCCGCUCUACGCUGGGAUUGGAGUUGAAGGCGCCUAUAGUGGAUUUGGAUUUGAUUAUAAAGGUGCCUCAGUGCGGCUGUGUGAUAUAAUAAUCUCCUGAAUCUAAACUAAAACCCCACAGACACACUGCCGUGUUUGUCGUAGCAGAUCCUUCUACCAGUAAUAAUCCAUAUGAUUACAUUCCAGCUCCAUCUGCAGUACUAAUAAUUUAAUAAAUAGAUAAUAUCCUGUCACUGUUACACUGAUGAAUGAAAACUCUGGGCUCUACUGACAGCUGGUCCCCACAGCCUCCAGAGGACUGACUUUCUGAAUUAAAGCAGUUCAUUAGAUUAUAGUUAUAGAGACUAGAUCAUGCAUCAUAGACUAAAGUAAAACAGUAUAUUUCUAACUUUAUACUAAACUUUUAUCGCUUAUUCUGUUUUACUGUAUGCAUUAAAAACUAUGCAUGAGGAUGAUAUUGUUCAUAGAAAUAUAGAUUUAGUAAAUGUGCUUUGUUGUGAUUAAACUGUAUUUCAGCAAUAAUGCUACGUCAGGCCUGCAGACCAAAUUAAUUUAGUCUGGCUUUUACCAGUUUACCUCUGGGUCAUGUCCAGUUCACCCAGUAGCCAGACCCCCUCAGUCGUGAGAUAUCACCAGUACUAGGAGGGUGAAGGCUAAGUGCCUCUGGGUCAUGUCCAGUUCACCCAGUAGCCAGACCCCCUCAGUCGUGAGAUAACACCAGUACUAGGAGGGUGAAGGCUAAGUGCCUCUGGGUCAUGUCCAGUUCACCCAGUGGCCAGACCCCCUCAGUCGUGAGAUAUCACCAGGGUUUUGUUUGUUUUUCUAUCAGGGUUUUGUUUGUUUUUCUAUCAGGGUUUUUUUUGUUUUUCUAUCAGGGUUUUGUUUGUUUUUCUAUCAGGGUUUUGUUUGUUUUUCUAUCAGGGUUUUGUUUGUUUUUCUAUCAGGGUUUUGUUUGUUUUUCUAUCAGGGUUUUGUUUGGUAUGAAGUAUAAAAGUAUAUUUCUAACUUUUUCCUAAACUUUUGUUUAUUCUGUAUUAUUUAGUGUGGCUUUUCCCAGUUUUGCGCAGUGAUGUAAGAGGGCUGUUUAUCCUGAGUUCCUCUGCUUUAUUAAAGUAUAAUCAACUCAUUUCUGUUCAUUUUGUGAUUGUUUAAAGUUCUGCUCUCAGUCCACCGGGCUAUAAUAAAGUUGUUUGUGAGGAAGACGUA